UGCGUCACAUGGAUAGGUGCGGUUUGCGCAGCGCAACUCCCAAAACAGUCCAUGUUUGUUGUAUGGUAACGCGCCGAGAAGCUCUUUGAAGACGGUUUAUUUAGAUUCUUUAACUUUUUUUGUUUUAUUUUGAUGAUUUCCUGAUUUGGGGACAUUCCCUUCGCGCGAGGAAACGUAGAAUCUCCUGAGACGGAUCAUUCUAAAACAGAGUCGCAGUGAAGACCACCGCGGACUUUUUGGCAGCUCUGAUGAGGUGCAGCUGGAUCCCAGUCGACCUGACACCACCGGAUAGUGACCGAGAGCAGGUUACACACAUCCAAAUAUGCGCGUAAUUGGAGCGCGCUGGCGAGGCGUCCCUUGCAGCCCAGUCGGAAUAACAUCAUUGUCGUGAUGUUCAAUAGUUCGGGAAUUGAACCCACUUUUCACAAGAAAGAGGGUCUUUCCGAAGUUAUCAAUGGCACUUUGCUGCUUUACAGCAACGUGCUCGUCACCACGAGCCCCACGGCCAGAUGGAACGAGUCGUGCGGAGAGCAACUGCAGGACUUCGGGCGCCCGGAGAAGAUUAUCAUCGGGGUGAUGCUGGCGAUCAUCACGGCGGUGACCGUGAUGGGGAACACGCUGGUAGUGAUCGCUGUGUGCGUGGUGAAGAAGCUCAGGCAGCCCUCGAACUACCUGCUGGUGUCCUUGGCGGUGGCGGACCUCUCGGUGGCCAUAGUCGUGAUGCCGUUUGUCAUCGUGACGGACCUCACCGGGGGCAAGUGGCUUUUCGGGGACUUGUUUUGCAACAUCUUCAUUGGAAUGGAUGUAAUGUGCUGCACGGCCUCCAUCAUGACCCUCUGCGUGAUCAGCGUGGACAGGUAUCUGGGGAUCACGCGACCUCUCACCUACCCGGCACGGCAGAAUGGUCAGCUGAUGGCCAAGAUGAUCCUGGGAGUAUGGCUGGUGUCAGCAUCCAUCACCCUGCCACCUUUCUGUGGCUGGGCCAAGAACGUUCACACGGCUGGUGUGUGUCUCAUCAGCCAAGACUUUGGUUACACCAUUUAUUCUACAGCUGUAGCCUUUUACAUCCCUAUGCUGGUAAUGCUGGUCAUGUACUACAAGAUAUUCAGGGCAGCUCGCAAGAGCGGAGCCAAGCACCGCUUCACCGACUUGUCGCGGCGUGAGCGUCUUGACACGGUGGCUAAUGAGGCAGUGCGCAUGCAGGGCCUGAAGCCACCUGGUGUGGCUGAGGAAUGCGCUGCCUUGUCCCGUCUGCUGAGCCGCGAGCGAAGAAACAUCUCCAUCUUCAAGCGGGAGCAGAAAGCAGCCACGACCCUUGGGGUGAUUGUGGGGGUUUUUGCUGUUUGCUGGCUGCCAUUCUUCAUCUUGUCCACAGCCAGGCCCUUUAUUUGUGGAGUUGAGUGUAGCUGUGUGCCCAUUUGGCUGGAGCGCACACUGCUCUGGUUGGGGUACGCCAACUCUCUGAUGAACCCUUUCAUCUACGCCUUUUUCAAUCGAGACCUGCGUUCUACCUAUCGCGACCUUCUUCGCUGCCGUUAUCGCAAUAUCAACCGCCGGCUAUCCGCUGUGGGGGUGCACGAGGCUCUGAAGGUGUGAACCUGAGGGUUUGAGCAGCUCAUACCGACGUCUGUGGUGGUCCUGAUGUUCUACAGUAACACAGACCUGUAGAUAAAACACAGCUCGACAAACCAAGAGUUGCUGUUUGAGGCCUUGAAGCCCUUCUGCAAAGAUAUCGAGAUGGCACAAUUACAUCAGUUUGUGUGUGACUCAGACAUUCUAUUUUAGGAAAUAAAAUCAUCAAGCUUAUUUGUUAGGCCACUCAGAGCGACACUGCUUUUGUGCUUAUGCCACAAUUACAUUCUGCCUCCUCAUUUAAGGAGUGGUAUUCCAGCAACAAAGGAAAUGACAUGUUAUCACAAACAGUUACUGCAGGGCUGUCAUGCAGAACACAUCAAUCAAACUGAUUCAUGUAUAUAAACAAAAUCAAUGUUUUAUAAGGAAAGCCGUUUGUUUGUGGCAGUGUCUUCGGAUUUUCUCCAUUUGGACAUGAUCACGCCCCACAUUCAGUUGACACAAUGGUGUGUACACUAUGAAGUAGAUAGUGCCAAAAUGACCAGGACUUUUAUUUAUAUCUCCUGUUUUUAUGUAGUUGCUUUUUGUUUGAGCCCAUUGAAUGUUUCAGAAAUUAUAACUAUGAAUCUAAAGCUUUCUGAGACCAAUGAGAGGAGAGCAGAAUGCACCACGGCGAGAGUGUUUAAAGGUAUAAAAGGAAGUGAAAUGAGUUUUUGGAGUGUCUGCAUGAAACGUCUGUCUUACAUGUCAGUAUUCACAUAUAAUAAAUGAGAAUCAGAAUAGUGAGUAGCAGUUUAACAAAAGUGUUUCUGUAGUUUUUCCAAACACUACUGCACACUUCAAACGAGUGAAAUGUCAGAAAAUUACAAUAAUUUAGAUUUUAAAACAAUUACAAGACUGGCUUCAUUCCCCAGGAAGAUUCUGACCUUUUCACCAAAUGAAUUAUGUUCACAAACUUUAGUUUUUGUCCUGCUGGUUGUCAACAACAUUUCUGUUUUUCUUUUGAAUCAGGAUGCGGUCACUUCCCUCUUGAACACACUUUACCUGAACUCUUCAGUGACCUCUACAAACCCUUGUGAAAUGCCAUCAGUUGGACAGCCUGUGCUUUUUCUACCUCAAUUCUUUGAAAAUACUGUACAUUUUAUCCAGUUGUACUGCUGUGUCAUAAAAAAACACACAAUUUUUUAUUUUGUGAAUUAAUCUGUCCGCAACUGCCUGAGUGCUCAGUGUGACCAGUUUGUCCUUACUUUGAGGAAACAUCAAAGGGAGCUGUAAUGUAUUUUCUCAUUUUGUAAAUAAAGAAGCACUGGAGAAU